UGAGGGAGCCGGGGUGCGCAGGCGCGGUGCGGCGGGGUGACGUGGCGGAGGGUGAGGCGGGCUCGGCGCGGACACAAGAUGUUGACGCUCGGCGAGUGUUCGGUGCUGCUCGGCCUCCUCACCUACCUGUGCGGCGCCUCCGCUUACUUCGUCAGCAUCGACGCGCACGCCGAGGAAUGUUUCUUCGAGAAGGUCACGUCAGGCACCAAGAUGGGUCUGAUCUUCGAGGUGGCCGAGGGCGGCUUCCUGGACAUCGAUGUGGAGAUUACAGGACCAGAUGGCAAAAAUAUUUACAAGGGGGACCGAGAGUCCAGUGGGAAGUACACUUUUGCUGCACACAUGGAUGGAACGUAUAAAUUCUGUUUCAGUAACAGAAUGUCUACCAUGACCCCCAAAAUAGUGAUGUUCACGAUUGACAUUGGAGAGGCACCGAAAGGACACGACAUGGAAACAGAAGCUCACCAGAACAAGUUGGAAGAAAUGAUCAAUGAACUGGCUGUGGCCAUGACGGCGGUGAAGCAUGAGCAGGAGUACAUGGAAGUGCGUGAGCGGAUACACAGAGCAAUCAAUGACAACACAAACAGCAGAGUGGUCCUCUGGUCUUUCUUUGAAGCUCUGGUACUAGUUGCUAUGACGCUUGGACAGAUCUACUAUCUGAAAAGAUUUUUUGAAGUCCGAAGGGUUGUCUAGCCGCCAUGUGUAGACAUUUGACAACGAUAAGCAGUUUGAAAAGUAUCUGGUCACAAUCGCUUUUAUUACUUUGUCACUUGACUGAAACCCUUUUGCGCACUGUUAAUCUUCAUUUACUGCUGUUUAUUUAAACACCCUUUGAAGUAUGUUGGGAGUCCAUGGGUUUAAGAGAAUUUUGCGGAGGCCAUGUGUUGCGUUGUAUGAGACUUUUGAUGCUCCAAUCAAUUCAAAUCUUAAAAAAAUCCAUCUAAGUACACUUUAAUUUGCUUUACUGUAAUUGGUAACAUUGAUGAUGGGCUUAGAAAGCAAUGGCAUUGUGUGUGAGUUACUGAUUAAGAUUUGACUAGUAUGCAUAUGCUGCAUAUACUUGGUCUUUUUUUUAAAAAAAUCUUUUCACUCAACUAUUUUCUACAAAUUAUUUCCAGUUAUAGUUUAUCUUAUUAUUUUGAGGUCAUGGUUUUACUUUUGGGCAGCAGGCUACGGAGGGCACUAUCCAGUAGCUACACAGUAGGAGAUUUUUGAUGCUCCAAAUUGGUUCAUAUCUUUGAAAAGAGAUCUGAAAGCCCCUUUAAUGUUUUCAAAAGCAUUUUGGUUACAGUGUAUAAGCAGUUUAAUUUGUUUGCAGUGCUGUAUAUAAAUUUCCUUUUGGAACAUUAAUGGUCCCUUCAGCUAUGUUUUUGUAACUGGUUGUGUGAUGAUUUCUGGAAAUUUACAUUUGGUUCAAUAGCUGAGCUAUAGAUUUUUUGUAACACUGUCCAGCCACUUCAUGUAGUUUUCUGUUUUCACCACUGGAACCAAAUUUGCUGCUGGGAGUUUGAGGUUAUGAAUGUGGGUAUUAGAAACAUCCAUCUAAGUACGCUUUAAUUUGCUUUGCUGUAAUUGGUAACGUUGAUGAUGGGCUGAAACUAAACAUAAAGAAAAACAUUUAGGUGUGUGAGUUACUGAUUAAGAUGUGACUAGUACAAGUAAGUUUAAUAUACUUGGUCUUUUGAAAAAUCUUUUCAACAAUUUUCUACAAGUUAUUUCUGGUUAUAGUUUACCUUUGUGUUUUAGAGGUCAAGGUUUUACUUUGGGGCAGUAAACUAGGCAUAGCGCAAUCCAUCAACUUGACAGUCCUUUCACUUUUCAGUUCACUAUCAGGGGUUAUUUAUAUUAAAUAAAGAAAAUGGAACUAAUGCAGUUUAAAAUAAUCCUCGGUGGGCUGUACAGUGUCCAAUUGCAGCUGAUUUGUUUAACUAUGAACUGGUGACCUCUGACCCUUUAGUGGACAAAUUGUCUGAUCUUCGGUUGUGAUAUACACUAUGUCUUUCCAUUGCUGUCUUGUUUCUCUGUAAUGUUUUUGAACUUGUUGGCUGAGGUUUCCCCCAUUAACUGAAAUACUCCUUGCCAAACUAGAAUGAAAUUCCUCAGCAGUGAAGGGAUUUUGAUGGGGGGGUUGGGGUGGGAAAUGGGUCACAGGAGGGUGUUAUUUUUUAAUUAACAUGCUGUAAGUGGAACACUUAUUAAAAGAAUUCAUGGUUAGAGUUUCCAGUGGAAUAUUAAUAUCUAAAUUGCUGGUCAGAGCUGUUUAUCUUCAGUCUUUCACAAGACUGCCAAUCUUCUGUGACUGGGUACUUUAUUGUAUAAACCCUGUCUGUGCAGCUUUUUGUCCAGGGUACUUGGGCAAUAUCUUGGAAUUUGACUGGAUUUUCUCCCUGCGAAGACUUCUGAUGGAAAAAAACUUGUGGGAUUGUGAAACUUUCAAAAGAACGGGUUUAUAAAACUUCAUCUUAAAAGAAAUGCUGCUGUGUCUGCUAAUUCUUUUCCAGUGUCUCUGUAACAUCAGAUCUUAACUGGAUGAGAUGUGACUGAUGUAAAUUAAAGUUGAGUGUCUCCGAUGAAAUAA